GCGAGCACGCCGAGUGUGGCGGCACGUUCGGGGAGCGUGCGCGCGCCCCAGGCGGAGGCUCGUACCCGAGCCAGUGGCCUGGCGCCCGCCCUCGGUCUCCCCGCCCCCCUCCGGGCUCCGCUCAUUCACUCACUGCUCCUCUCCUUUCGUCUCUCUGCAGCAUGGCCGAUUACCUGAUCAGCGGCGGCACCGGCUAUGUGCCCGAGGAUGGCCUCACCGCACAGAUUCUCUUCGCUUCUGCCGACGGACUCACUUACAAUGACUUCCUGAUUCUUCCCGGUUUCAUUGACUUCGCUGCAGAUGAAGUGGACCUGACUUCUGCUCUCACCAAAAAAAUUACCCUGAAGACUCCCCUUGUCUCCUCUCCCAUGGAUACCGUUACAGAAUCCAGUAUGGCAAUUGCUAUGGGGUUAAUGGGUGGAAUUGGAUUCAUCCAUCACAACUGCACCCCGGAGUUUCAAGCUAACGAGGUCCGCAAAGUCAAGAAAUUUGAGCAAGGCUUCAUCACAGACCCGGUGGUCAUGAGCCUCCACCACACAGUCGGAGAUGUCUUUGAAGCCAAAUUACGGCAUGGUUUCUCAGGAAUUCCAAUCACAGAAACAGGCAAAAUGGGAAGCAAGCUGAUGGGGAUCGUCACAUCGCGGGACAUUGACUUUCUUUCUGAGAAAGAUUAUGACAUUGCCUUGAAUGAGGUGAUGACGAAGCGAGAAGACCUGGUUGUUGCACCAGCUGGUGUGACCCUCAAGGAAGCCAAUGAAAUUCUACAACGUAGCAAGAAAGGGAAGUUGCCUAUCGUUAAUGACAUGGAUGAGCUUGUCUCAAUCAUUGCACGAACAGACUUGAAAAAGAACCGAGAUUACCCAUUGGCGUCGAAAGAUUCACGGAAGCAGCUGCUCUGUGGUGCAGCCAUUGGAACACGGGAGGAUGAUAAAUAUCGGCUGGACCUGUUGAUGCAGGCAGGGGUGGAUGUUGUUGUCUUGGAUUCUUCCCAAGGAAACUCUGUGUUCCAGAUAAGCAUGAUUCGAUACAUAAAGCAGAAAUACCCAGAGUUGCAGGUGGUUGGUGGGAAUGUGGUAACUGCUGCACAAGCCAAAAACCUGAUUGACGCUGGAGUGGAUGGUCUACGGGUUGGGAUGGGGUGUGGCUCAAUCUGCAUCACUCAGGAAGUUAUGGCAUGUGGCAGACCUCAGGGUACAGCAGUAUACAAAGUGGCAGAAUAUGCUCGUCGCUUUGGUGUUCCAGUUAUUGCUGAUGGUGGAAUCCAGACGGUCGGCCAUGUGGUGAAGGCUCUGGCUUUGGGUGCUUCAACAGUGAUGAUGGGUUCAUUGCUGGCAGCUACAACAGAGGCCCCAGGCGAGUAUUUUUUCUCUGAUGGAGUGAGGUUGAAGAAAUACCGUGGCAUGGGGUCAUUGGACGCAAUGGAGAAAAGCACAAACAGUCAGAAACGAUACUUCAGUGAAGGUGAUAAGGUGAAAGUAGCCCAAGGAGUUUCAGGAUUAAUUCAGGACAAGGGAUCAAUACACAAGUUUGCACCUUACUUGAUAGCAGGAAUUCAGCAUGGAUGCCAGGAUAUCGGAGCCAAGAGCCUCUCCAUCCUUCGAUCAAUGAUGUACUCAGGGGAGCUGAAGUUUGAGAAGAGAACAAUCUCCGCUCAGAUACACAUUUUUGCCAUUUACGAGAAGCGACUUUACUGAAGAUGGGAAUGUUGCUCACCAGACCAUGGCUCCCAAUGUCCCUUCCCCAUUGGCCAUCAAGCAGCAAAGGCACCCAUGACCAUCUAGACCAUCUUCUGCCUCUGACAUAGAGGCAGCUGCCCCGCUUUGCGCCUCCUGGCUUGUGACGCACAAUUUUUUUUACUUUAUUUUGGACUUUUGUAACCUGAGCUGUGAAGAAUAGAAUCUGGGAGAAAAAAAAAAUCAAUGCAACAGUGGCCUCAUCCAGUGAGACUGUGAGCUAUUAGUGUGAUGGUCACUAUGUGCUUGCUAUUUUCCCGAAUCCCGGAGCCAAGCCUGGUGUCCAGCUUUUACAAGAGGAUUUCUCUUUGAUGGUUUCACUCAACAGAUUGGACAAUAAGUUUAUUUUUGUCAUCAGAAUUGUUUGUGUUUCUGCUUUAAUUUAAAAAAAAAUACUAAUUUGGGUGGGGGAAAAGCAUGAUUUUGUUCAGUCCAAGUGACCAGAAAUGUCAAAAGGCAAAUAUGGAGUGAAUUGUUAACAUUGUGUCCUUGUCAAAAAAAGACAAAUGCUGCAAGAACUCAGCCAGCCUAGCAGCAUCUGCCACAAGGUCAGCUAAGUCCUUCCAUCCUUUCUGUUUUUGUUUCAGAUUUGUGCUUUGUACAGUUUUAUAUGUUAUACGUGUGUCCUUGUCACUUCCUGCGGUUAAUGCAUCACUGUAACUGAUGGAAAUGACUUUGUUUUAAUCUCCUCCCUGUUACACAACAAAACAUGAUAGGAUGGUGGGAAAGAAGGGCACUGUGAGCUUUGGACAGAAGCUGGAAAUGAUUCAUUGUUUCCAGAGGUUUGCUGAGCUUCCAGUAUACAAUGCAUCAUGUAUUUGAAGUCACAUCAUACCAUUCAAGUAUGGAAAAGGGGAGUUGUGGACACUCCCUACACCUUGUGGAGCAUGCCAUUGACUGGCUUUGCUACAGCUGUGUGGAUGUGUCCUUUGGUGACCUUGGGCUAAGCUUCAAGGGCAUGUUCCAGUUUUAUUGACUUGACCCCAGCAAAAUCCAUCAGAAUAAAUUGCCACCAUGUGACUCACCUGUUUUUGUUCAUUCAAGUUCUUCACACUUACCCAUCCUUUAUCUAUCAUCCAGUAAUCUGAUACUCAGUUACAAGUUCUCAGGCCAAACACUAAGAUACUUUGGUGUAUUAGCCCCAAGUCUAGGCUAGGCAAUCUGGGCAAAGGGUAGCUGGAAGAACUCUGGGUCAGAAUUACUCCAUUCCUGAUGCUUACUGUUGGACAAAGCUAUGAGAAAUAAUUUGCAAUUCCAUGCCUGUAAAGAAGAAAACACUUACUGUGAGGUGGAGCAAAUGGAAUAAAUGCUUUUGAUUUUGACAGUUUAAAAAAUUUUUUUCAUUUAGACAGUCAGUAAAUACAGCCAAAUGUUGAUGUUGAGAAUCCCUUUGGGUUGCUGAAAAUAUUCUGGAAAUUACAGUUCACAGCAUUGUACUGCUAAAUAAGUGCUAUAAAUAGAAACCAUGAGCUCUGGAAAUUUGAAGUGAUAAGCAGUUAAUGUAGUGAAACACAUUUGAUAGCAUCUUUCCAGGUCUUCUUGAAUUCAGCAUCUUUGGAUUGCAGCCUAAUUCCAUUUAACUCAACGGUUUUACUUUGAGAAGCCACAGGCAGCUUGUGCAGGACCUGAAAAGAGCAACAGGAAAACUAUUCUGGGCAACUGUAGAAGAAGCUUAAACUUUAAAAUGUGUAAAAGGAAAUAGAAUGUGCUGUUUUCUUUCACAACUCUAUCCUGUUACCUUAAAGAAUUAGGCCAUUCAGCCUGUCGAGUCUGCUCCACCAUUCCAUCAUGGCUGAUCCCGGAUCCCACUCAACCCCAUACACCUCCUGCCUUCUCGCCAUAUCCUUUGAUGCCCUGACCAAUCAAGGAAUGAUCAACUUCUGCUUUAAAUGUAUAUACUAACUCGUCCUAUACUGCAUUAUGUGGCAGAGCAUUCCACUGAUUUACUUCACUCUGGCUAAAAAAAAGUCCUCCUUACCUCUGUUCUAAAGGAUCGCCCCUCAAUUUUGGGGCUGUGCCCUCUAUUUCUGGACAACACCACCAUCGGAAAUAUCCUCUCCACAUCCACCCUACCUAGUCCUUUCAACGUUCGGUAGGUUUCAAUGAGACCCCCCUGCAUUCUUCUAAAUUCCAGUGAGUACAGACCCAAAGCUGCCAAACACACCUCGUAUGUUAACCCCGUCGUUCCCGGAACCAUCCUUGUGAACGUCCUCUGGACUCUCUCCAAUGACAAUACAUAAUUUCUGAGAUAAGGGGCCCAAAACUGUUGACAUUAAGUGCAGCUUGACUAGUGUCUUAUAAAGGCACAGCAUUAUAGAAACAUAGAAAACUACAGCACAAUACAGGCCCUUCGGCCCACAAAGCUAUGCCGAACAUGUCCUUACCUUAGAAAUUGCCUAGGGUUACCUAUGACCCUCUAUUUUUCUAAGCUCCAUGUACCUAUCCAGGAGUCUCUUAAAAGACCCUAUUGUAUCCGCCUUCACCACUGUCGCCGCCAGCCCAUUCCACGCACUCACCACUCUGCACAAAAGACCUACCCCGGCAUCUCAUCUGUAUUUAUCUCCAAGCACCCCAAAACUGUGCCCUCUCAUGCUAGCCAUUUCAGCCCUUGGAAAAAGCCUCUGACUAUCCACACGGUCAAUGCCUCCCAUCAUCCCACACACCCCCACCAGGUCACCUCUCAUCCUCUGUCGCUCCAAGGAGAAAAGGCCAAAUUCAUUCAACCUAUCCUCACAAAGCAUGCUCCCCAAUCCAGGCAACAUCCCUGCAAACCUCCUCUGCACCCCCUCCACGGUCCCCACAUCCCUCUCAUAGUGAGGUGACCAGAAUCAUUACCUCCUUGUUUUUAUAUUCUACUCCCCUUGAAAUAGAUGCCAACAUUGCACUUGCCUUCUUUACCACAGACUCAAUUUGUAAAUUAACCUGGGAGUCUUGCACGAUAACUCCUAAGUCCCUCUGUAACUCUGAUGUUUGAACCUUCUCCCCAUUUAUAUAAUAGUCCGCACUAUUGUUGCUUUUACCAAAAUGCAUUAUUAUACAUUUCCUAACACUGUAUUCCAUCUGGCAUUUUUUGCCCAUUCUAAUUUGUCUAAGUCCUGCUGCAAUUGCAUUGCUUCCUCAGCACUACCAACCUCUCCACCGAUUUUCACCAGCAGCCAACCAAAAAAGGCCCCUUAUAUUCCCAUUUGCUGCCUCCUGCCUGUCAGCUAUUCCACCACAGGAUUUUACCUUGUUAAGCAGCCUCAUAUUGGCACUUUAUCAAACGCCUUCUGAAAAUCCAAGUAAAUGACCUUCCCGUCCACUCUGCUUGUUACUUCCUCGAAGGACUAACAGAUUUGUCAGGUAAGAUUUCCCUUUACAGAAACCAUGCUGACUUUGACUUAUUUUAUCAUUAGUCUCCAAGUACCUGGAAACUGCGUCCUUAAUGAUAAACUCCAGAACUUUCCCAACCACUGAGGUUAGGCUUUUGCCUUCCUCCCUUUAAGAGUGGAGUGACAUUUGCAAUCUUCCAGUCCUCAGGGAUCAUGCCAGAAUCAAGUGAUUCUUGAAAGAUCAUAACCAAUGCAUCCAUUAUCUCUUCAGCAACCUCUCUCGGGACUCUGGGAUAUAGUCCAUCUGGCCCAGGUAACUUAUUCACCUUAAGACCUUUGAGUUUGCCUAGCACUUUUUCCUUUGUAAUAACAAUGGCAUUCACUCUUACUCCCUAACACUCAUGGACCUCUGGCACACUGCUAGUGUCUUCCACGGUGAAGACUGAUGCAAAGUACCCAUUACGUUCAUCUGCCAUUACUUUGUCCCCCAUUACUACCUCACUAGCAUUGUUUUCCAGUGGUCCAAUAUCAUCUCUCACUGCCCUUUUACUCUUCAUAUAACUGAAAAAACUUCUGGUGUCCUGCUUUAUAUUAUUGGCUAGUUUGCCCUCAUCUUUCAUCUUUUCCCUUUUUGUUGCUUUUUUAGUUGCCUUUUGUUGGAUUUUAAAAGCUUCCCAAUCAUCCAACUUCCCACUUGUGUGCUCUUUCCUUGUCUUUUAUGCAGUCCUUAACUUCCUUUCCCAACCCAUUUGAGAACAACUUCCUCAGUGGGACAUGUCUAUUUUGCACUUUGUGAACUACUCCCAGAUACUUCAGCCAUGUCCAUUCUGCUGUCAUCCCUGCUCCAAUCUUUCUCCAAUCCACUUGGGCAAGUUCCUUUCUCAUGCCUCUGUAAUUCCCUUUAUUCCGUUACAAUACCGAUACAUGUGAGUUCUGUUUCUCCCUCAAACUGUAGUAUGAAUUUAGUCAUAUGAUCACUGUCUCUUAAGGGUUCAUUUACAUUAAGCUCCCUAAUAGAUUUGGGUUACUACACAACACCUAAUCUAAGAUAACCUUUCCUCUAGUAGGCUCAAGCACAAGCUGCUCUAAAAAGCCAUUUUGUACACAUUCAAAACAAAUGGGUCAGCUGGUGUAUUAUCUCAGUGCUUGUUAUGCAUAUAUUUGCUUCUAUAUUUCCUAGUAUAGAGUUGUACAUCAAAGUUCUAGGAUGACGUAAUCUUAUAAAGAGCAAGAGGAUAAGACGUGAAAGAAUGGGACCUAUCAAGUGUGACAGUGGGAAAGUGUAUGGAACCAGAGGAAAUAGCAGAGGUACUUAAUAAAUACUUUACUUCAGUAUUCACUAUGGAAAAGGAUCUUGGCGAUUGUAGUGCUGACUUGCAGCAGACUGAAAAGCUUGAGCAUGUAGAUAUCAAGAAGGAGGAUGUGCUGGAGCUUUUGGAAGGUAUCAAGUUGGAUAAGUCACUGGGACUGGAUGAGAUGUACCCCAGGCUACUGUGGGAGGCGAGGGAGGACAUUGCUGAGCCAGUGAUGAUGAUCUUUGAAUUAUCAAUGGGGACGGGAGAGGUUUCAGAGGAUUGGAGGGUUGCGGAUGUUGUUCCUUUAUUCAAGAAAAGAAAUAGAGAUAGCCCAGGAGAUUAUAGACCAGUGAGUCUUACUUCAGUAGUUGGUAAGUUGAUGGAGAAGAUCCUGAGCGGCAGGAUUUAUGAAUAUUUGGAGAGGUGUAAUAUGAUUAGGAAUAGUCAGCAUAGCUUUGUCAAGGGCAGGUCGUGCCUUACAAGCCUGACUGAAUUUUUUGAGGAUGUGACUUAACACAUUGAUGAAGGAAGAGCGGUAGAUGUAAUGUAUAUGGAUUUCAGCAAGACAUUUAAUAAGGUACCCCAUUCAAGGCUUAUUGAGUAAGGAGGCAUGGGAUCCAAGGGGACAUUGCUUUGUGGAUCCAGAACUAGCUUGCCCACAGAAGGCAAAGAGUGAUUGUAGACAGGUCAUAUUCUGCAUGGAGGUCGGUGACCAGUGGUGUGCCUCAGGGAUCUGUUCUGGGGCCCUUACUCUUCGUGAUUUUUAUAAAUGACCUGGAUGAGGAAGUGGAGAGAUGGGUUAGUAAGUUUGCUGAUGACACAAAGGCUGGAGGUGUGGAUAGUGUGGAGGGCUGUCAGCGGUUACAACGGGACAUUGAUAGGAUGCAAAACUGGGUUGAGAAGUGGCAGAUGGAGUUCAACUCAGAUAAGUGUGAAGUUGUUCAUUUUGGUAGGUCAAAUAUGAUGGCAGAAUAUAGUAUUAAUGGUAAGACUCUUGGCAGUGUGGAGGAUCAGAGGGACCUUGGUGUCCGAGUCCAUAGGACGCCCAAAGCAACUGUGCAGGUUGACCCUGUGGUUAAGAAGGUGUACGGUGUAUUGGCCUUCAUCAACUGUGGAAUUGAAUUUGGGAGCCAAGAGGCAAUAUUGCAACUAUAUAGGACCCUGGUCAGACCACAUUUGGAGUACUGUGCCCAGUUCUGGUCACCUCACUACAGGAAGGAUGUGGAAGCCAUAGAAAGGGUGCAGAGGAGGUUUACAAAGAUGUUGCCUGGAUUGGGGAGCAUGCCUUAUGAAAACAGGUUGAGUGAACUCGGCCUUUUUUCCUUGGAGCAACGGAGGAUGAGAGGUGACCUGAUAGAGGUGUUUAAGAUAAUGAGAGGCAUUGAUCGUAUGGAUAGUCAGAGGCUUUUUCCCAGGGCUGAAAUGGUUGCCACAAGAGGACACAGGUUUAAGGUGCUGGGGAAUAGGUACAGAGGAGAUGUCAGGGGUAAAUUUUUUACUCAGAGUGGUGAGUGCGUGGAAUGGGCUGCUGGCAACGGUGGUGGAGGCGGAUACGAUAAGAUCUUUUAAGAGACUUUUGGAUAGGUACAUGGAGCUUAGAAAAAUAGAGGGCUAUGCGUAAGCCUAGUAAUUUCUAAGGUAGGGACAUGUUUGGCGCAACUUUGAGGGCCGAAGGGCCUGUAUUGUGCUGUAGGUUUUCUGUGUUUCUAUAAAUCCCUAUUGUCUCAUUUUUGACAUUAAUACUAAAAUAUGAAUUGUGCAAUUGCCCAAGACAAUUAAGGUAUGCUGGUCUGUCUUUCCCUGUGACUCCAUAUUCAAAUCUCUUCUCCAUCUUCACUGGGUCAUCAAAGUAGGUACAGUAAUAGGAUGGCUAAGAAUGUUAGUCAUGAUCUGUGCAAUUAAUCUAGAGUGACAUACAGUACUUAAAAUCCGUGGGUUAAUGGAAAUGAGUUGACUCAGGGAAUGGGUUCGAGUUUCUUGUGGGAUUUCUUGUCAGUUUCUAACCCAGGGGCAUAAUGGAUUCUAUCAAAUCAAGCUGUCUUCUAAGUGGAACUCAUGAAGUUUUAGACAAAUGCAGAACAAGCCAUUUCAGCCCAGCAAUACUUUAUGAAGUCAUUCCCUAUAUUUUCUCAAUAGUCCUUCAGAAUGUACCAUUAAAUAACUUGGUGCCAGUUAUUUAAUUUGCUUCCACCUUUCUUUCUGGACGUACAUUUCAGGUUAUAUUGGUUUAUUAUUGUUACAUGUACCAAGAAACUGUGAAAAGCUUGUCUUGCAUACUAUUCAUACAGACCAGAUCGUUACACAGUGGAUUGAGUUAGAAUAAGGUGAAACAAUAACUAUGCAGAAUGAAGUGUAACAAUUCCCAAAAAAUGCAGUGUAGGUAAACAAUUAAGUGCAAGAUCAUAACAAGGUGGAUUGUGAGGUCGAGAGUCCACUAUCAUAGAAGGGGUCCAUUAAAGAGUUUAAUAGAGAGGUGGAAGCUGUCCUUGAUCCUGGUGGUAGAUGCUUUUAGGUUUCUGCUAUCUUCUGCCUGAUAGAAGCGGGCAGAAGAGAGACUGCUUGGUCUUUGAUUAUGCUGGCUGUUUUACUGAGACAGUUAGAAAUGUAGACAGUCCGUAGGAGAGCGGCUGGUUCCUGUGAUGUGCUGAGCUGUGUCCACAACUCUGCAUUUUUUUUGUGUCACAUGCAAAGCAAUUGCCAUACCAAGCCAUUAUGCAUCCAGGGGGAAUGUUUUCUAUGGUGCAUUGAUAAUAAUUGGUAAGAAUUGACAAUGACAUGCAAAAUUUCUUUAACCUCCUGAGGAAGUAGAGACAUUGGUGAGCUUCCUUGGCCAUGGCAUCAACAUAUAACAUCUGGCUACUUUUUGUUAAAACAAAUGAGUAUCUCCUUGUUUUGCUGAAUGUGUUUAUUGAAGGAAUGUUCCAUGUCAAUUAAAACACUUCCCCUUUUUUAUCCUACAAUGCUUGCACUAAAUCUUUCUCUAACCUCAUUUUAGUGUACAUUGGAUUCUGGUUAAUUGGGGCAGCUGCUUAUUCGAGCACAAAAGAACAAAAACAAAUCGAGAAAUAGCUGGGUUCCCUUCAUUUUUCUGAGGCACCUUGCUGCUUAAUUAUUAGUGGAGACUGUUACUGAAUGAGUUCUAACUGGCAGGCAUGUGCACUUGUGUGGCCAUUCCACACGACACUGUGCUUAGAGUGAACAGUUUUUAAAUAGCAUCAGUUAUAUGUGUUUGUGUUCAAAAAGCAGUGAUUUUUGUCACUGAUAGUUGAUGAGAAGUAAGCAGUAAGACAAUUUAGAACUGUUUUGCAUACUGCAGUUUCAAGCUUUCAGACUUAGAAAUGCCAGAAAUGGUUGAGAGUCAAAAUAAAACGAUUUCACUACUUCAACAAGUUAAGACCUACAAAGAAUCUGAAGGUAUUGACAAUCAUCUUGAAUGUUACAAUGAAAGUGAAGAUUUGGAGGAUGAAAUCAUCAAUGGCAUUGUAUGAAGGCAGUAGAUUUACAGUCAAUCAAAAGAACAUGGCAGCUUACACUGAAUUCUUCCAAUAAGAAUUCCAUAUGGAAUUGAUCCCCAUAGUUUUAUAGUACCGUAGUAGUAUUGAUAGUGUUCUAAUAUGUCUUGUAUUUUAUUUGCAUACAUAAUUCGUUAUUCAGUUAAACAGUAGUUUUGCUUUUAUAUACCCGUUAACUAUUUCCAUGAAAAUUUGGCUAAUUGAGACAGCCACUUAAUUGAGCCAAAAUCUACUGGUUCUGAUGAAUCCCAAUUAACUGUAAUCCACUGUAUAUGAAUAUGAAGAUAUCUUUAGGAAUGGUGCAUGCAUGCGGUACAUUGUUACACCAAUCACUCACUACCAUAACUGUUGGCUAUCUUCAAUAAAGGAUGCAACACAUAAAAUACAGGAGGAACGUUUUGGGCCAAGACUCUUCGGCAGGACUGGAGAAAAAUCUUCAUUUUUUUUCUCCUGGCCUGCUGAGUUCCUUCAGCAUUUUGUGUGUGUUCUACAGAUUUGCUCUUGUUUGCUUUCAAUAAAGGAUGCUUUGUUGGUAGCUCUCUCCAUGCUGAUUGCCUUAGAGGAGAACACAAAGACCUUAGACCAGAAGAUUUAGGAGCAGAAGUAGGCCAUUCGGCCCAUCACAUCUGCUCUGCCAUUCAAUGGCUGAUCCAUUUCAUCCAGUCAUCCCCACUCCCUUGUUUUCACCCCAUACCCUUUAAUGCCCUGGCCAAUCAGGAGCCUAGCUAUUUCUGCCUUAAAUAAAAAUCACUUGGCCUCCACAGCCACUCGUGGCAACAAAUUUCACAGAUUUGCCACCCUCUGACUAAAGUAAUUUCUCUGCAUCUCAGUUCUAAAAGGAUGUCCUUCAAUCCUGAAGUCGUGCCCUCUUGUCCUAGAAUCCCCUACCAUGGGAAAUAACUUUGCCAUAUCUAAUCUGUUCAGGCCUUUUAACAUUUGGAAUGUUUCUAUGAGAUCCCCCCCUCAAGCUUAAAGAAACAUUAUUAUUGAGUUUGGGGUAUUGUUCCUUGUGGAAGUAGCAGGGUAGAAAUCAAACAUGAGAUAUGACACAGGGAGUUCACCAUGUAAAAUGGCAAUGAGGUCAGACAGCAGAUACAGUGGAUAUAUUAGUGUACUAGAGAGAUCGAGGCCACUUGUUCUGUAUGUGGGGUGAGUGGCAAUGCUCCUGAGAAUGAACAGUAUCACUGAGACCCAGGGAGAGGGAACAGAACAGAGGAAUGCAGUCAUGCAUUUAAAGAGGGUAACCUUGUUGCUGACUACAGUCAGCAAUGCAUAAGGACUUUGAUGAAUUUAUUAGGAGAAUGCAGUUCAUUCCCCUAGUAUGUACUUCUGGAGUUUAUAAAUAAGGCCAGAUUGAUAUAUGAUCAGACUAAGGACACUGGUAAAGAGGUGCAACGUCAGGACCCGUUUAGAACAUGUGCUGUAUGAUCAUUAGUGGGCUGGUUGAUGAGGGAAUUCAAAUAAAAGAAUUUGAUAAGGGAGACUUUUGAAGUGGUAUGCAGAAGUUUUUAAUGGAGAUGACUUGUGAACAUGCAAGACAACUUAAUCUGGAAUAUAAUUCUGGAGUGUGGAUGAAGGCUUCAGGAAGAAAACAACGAUGGCAGCUUCAGGGUCACUUCCUUUACCACUGCUUCCUAUCACAUGGUCUCAGGAAACGACUGGAUGGAAUGAUUUGAAUCAUUGUCAUCCUGGGCAUAUAAGCAAUGCUUAGAAGUGAAUUUUUGACUAAUGACUGUCAUGUGAUUCCUUCAACAAUGGAGAUAUUCGGCAGUGAGACAGCAACUACUUCUAGAGAAAAAAUCUCCAGAUCGAAAAAGGCAUAUUGGUGGCCAUUUCUGAAGUUACUAACUUCAAUAAAUUUCAUUCUCUGCACAGACAUUUCACUUUAGGCAUUGACUCUAAACCACUGGCAACCUUUAGGAGAAAGUUAAUAAUUCUGGUAAUUGUUACCAGUCUGGGGAUAUUGUCUUAAUGCAGUUGGACUACAAGCUAUCAAUGUGGAAUACUACUCUGGAUGCACUGUCUUAGCUGACAAAGUCCAAUGAUCUGUUCUGACAAAGGGUUAUAGACCUGAAAUGUUAACGGAUCUUUUCAUAGGUGCCACCUGACCUUCGGAGCUUUCAAGUACCUGCAGUUUUUGUUUCUGAUUUCCAGUAUCUGCAAACACGAGAAAAUCUGCAGAUGCAAUUCAAGCGUAAGGGGUUUCUUCUUUUAUGUUACUGUUGAGGCUAAUCAAAAAAAUGGCUUCUUUGUUAUGUUAGAAUAAAAUGGCUUUUCUGUAAUAAUAACUGUGAUGUAAGGAGUUCUCUCUCUCUCUCUCUCUCUCUCUUUCUGCUUGUUUGGGUUAUAUUACUGAUAAGAGCAUUGUAUUCAUUUGUUAACCAAUUGGGAUAGAUGUUAUUCUUUCUUGUGUGUCUGUAAGCUAUUGUUCGUGGGCUUCGGAGCAGAAGGCGAUGGGGACAGAGAGAGGGGACAUGAUGCUGUAAGCUGGGCGGCGGGACGGACCCCAAGCGGCAGUCCGAGGCCUAGGGUGUUCGGCGAGGAGAGGAGACAAAGACAGACUAGUGUGGAGCGUCUGGUCAACCACCGUGGUUGGUCCCGGGCGGUUGGAAGGGAUCGAAUGGUGGAAAGAGGACUCUGUUAAUUGAACUCCAACUGUUGUGCACGAAGUGGUUGAACUUUGAUAAGUUUGGCGCCUUUUAUUUUCCUUUUAUAUUUUAGCUCUAUUAAUUACAUAGUUCCAGUAAGAUCUAUAAAGUGCAAUCGUUUAAUCGCAUAUGGUGUAUUGUCUGUUAUUUGGCAGGGUAGGGUACAUCACACAGCAUCCAUGCAAACUUGAUUACCCAGUUUGGCGGGGCCGAAAGCUACCCCCCCUAGAUGAAAGCGAGCCUGAGGCUUACCAGUGGACUACAGAAGCAACACACACAAAAUGCUGGUGGAACGCAGCAGGCCAGGCAGCAUCUAUAGGAAGAAGUCCAGUUUACAUUUCGGGCCGAGACCCUUCAUCAGGACCAACAGACUGGCCUGCUGCAUUCCACCAGCAUUUUGUGUGUGUUGCUUGUUCAGUAUCAGCAGUGUGUUUUAAUUUUCAAUAUGUAGCAUUCCUUUGUUUUAAUGGAAUUCGAUGUAUUUUAACAUCCUCACUAUACCUGUAUCUGCCAACUAAUGGCGAGGCUAAAUGUUCUGUCCAGGCAGUGAAUGGGACAAUGAAUCACCAGUUGGCAUAGUUUCAGCUCAUAUACAGAAUCAUCCAAUAUUUCACCACAGGCAAUUCCAGGCGAGCUGUACAAUGCCAAAACCCCAGACAGUCCAGGUGGAAGAAAAGGUGUACAUAUGAUGUAGUCAAGAGAUGACUGCAACAAGGAAAACUAAGUAUGCUCUAACCACUAAGUUCUGGAAGAUUAGCAAAAUGUUCCUCUCAUCACAGCGCUAAGCAGUAUUGCAUCUGUAUUGUACUGUCUCGGUACUUCUAUAUUUGUGUGCUGUAGCACUUUUUUAUUCGCAGUUAUUUUGUAAUUAACUCUAUUCUUUGCAUUUCUGGUCAGAUGCUAAAUGCAUUUCAUUGGCUUUGUAUCUGU